UUCAUGUAUGUACUAAGUUGCGUCGAAAGAUGUAUCGUUUCUAGAAUAUUCAGACUCGGUUACAAAUCGAGUGACAGACUAAUGUAACUCCGGCCUGGUGGAAUUGUGCUAUUUAGUUAGAAGUUACGGCCGCAGUCGAGCUAUGACAUCGUGGACCCUUGCAGAAGAAUGAUCGGCCGCGGCUCCAGCAGCCCACAUCUAGACUCGAACAUCAACACCACCACCAACACACCGCAAUAAACUCUACACCACACCGACACCUACCACUGUGAACAUCUGACCCUGUGUUGAACAGCAGACGACGACGGAAUCCAAGCUAUUGUAGACGCAAACAACGGCCAGCACAUUUCACACCACAUCGGGGCGCGCAUCUUUGUCGCGCACAAACUCACAACCACUACCAUCGCCUGUAUCACGACUGAGGACGCAGAUACCCUCAAACUUCGCCAAUAUGGCGCAAGCCAACCCCUCCGCACCGAACGAACCCACCACAUCCUACGUCGACCCCACGUUCUCGUUAGUGAACACAUCAUGUCUUGACCUCCUGCUCAUAGAGCUUGUACCCAUGGCAUAUCGCAUAACAGCCGAUCUCGCCGCCCGGGAAGAGGAAUGGAUACACGGGUCAUCAGCCACAAAGCCAAAGCGACUAUCGGGCGCAAGCAAUGACGCGUCAAGCACAGCGGCGGGCACAGCAAGAGGGACGGAAGGCGGGCCAGUAGGUGGAGGAGGCACUGCGACGGUCGACGAGGAAGAAGCAAGAGAGGCUGUAUUCCAUCGAUUAGAGAAUCUCGGGUACAGGGUUGGACUGGGGGUUGUCGAACGAUUCUCCCGAGACGCGCCCCGACCAACAACACCCCUUGAUUGCAUAAAGUUCCUAUGCAAAGAUCUGUGGACACUCCUCUUCAGAAAGCAGAUCGACAACCUCAAGACCAACCAUCGUGGCAUCUACGUCCUUACAGACAACACGUUCAAGCCUCUCGGCCGCAUGUCAUUCGAUACCAAGAAAUACGACGCCGCUAUGCAAGCAGCGCUGGUAGCACAAACAGGCGACGUAGCGCUGGGACGGGACGCGAAUAGCCAGGCUAGGGUCCAGCCCUUUCUAUACUUCCCAGCCGGUCUGAUAAGAGGAUGUCUUGCAAGUUUGGGCAUCCAAGCGACCGUCACAGCGGAAAGUGCUGCACUACCUGGAGCUACGUUUCAGAUCCGAACUGCAGGGGCAAAGACCUGAGAGGAGGAGGGACGUACAUAAGUCGAUAUUUAGCGGCAUUGCGCGGCGUUUCAUGAAAGAAAACAUGGUUGUCGUCGCACACAUACAGGUAGUCAAUACGGCUUUAUUCUGAGAGUAAAGACACAGACUGUGUCAGCAAGUCUAUACACAACUGCGCCAAGGGCAAUGGUCUGAUAAUACUAGUACGAACGGUG